AUGGCUGACCAAUGGAUCAACGUCCAACAGAAGACGUUCACAAAAUGGAUGAACACCAAGAUUUUACCGAGGGGCUUAGUGGUUAAGGAUCUCGUUGCCGACCUCAGUGAUGCUGUACUUCUAAUACACUUGCUCGAAUGCUUAUCUAGUGAAUCUUUGGGUCGAUAUGCCGCGAAACCGAAGUUGCGAGUACAAAAGUUCGAGAAUGCCAACACGGCGCUCAACUUCAUUAAGUCGAGGGGGAUUCAGAUGACGAAUAUCGGUGCAGAAGAUGUGGUUGACGGCAAUCGCAAGAUCAUUUUGGGUCUUAUUUGGACUCUCAUUUUGCGAUUUACCAUCAGCGACAUUAACGAGGAGGGUAUGACAGCCAAGGAGGGUCUUCUUUUAUGGUGUCAACGUAAAACAGCUUGUUACGACGAGGUCGACGUUCGGGAUUUCAGUAGUAGCUGGAAUGACGGACUCGCCUUCUGCGCCCUGUUAGAUAUCCAUCGACCUGAUCUUAUCGACUAUGACUCCUUGGAUAAAUCCGACCACCGGGGCAACAUGCAACUAGCGUUCGAGAUCGCUCAUAAGGAGAUUGGUAUCCCUGACUUGUUGGAUGUUGAAGAUGUUUGCGACGUUGCUAAGCCUGAUGAAAGGAGUUUGAUGACGUAUAUCGCCUACUGGUUCCAUGCCUUCUCGCAGAUGGAGAAGGUCGAGAACGCUGGUCGACGAGUAGAGAAGUUCGUUAAUAACAUGCAAGGGGCGUGGGAGAUGCAAAGCGCCUACGAGAAGCGGAUGGCUGAGUUGUUGAGACAGAUCAGGGAGCAAGUACAACAAUGGCAGCAAGCAACUUUUGAAGGAACUUACGUCGACGCAAAGAGACAAGCAAACGAGUUUGCAUCUUAUAAAAGAGGGAAGAAGAGAGAAUGGGUCGCCGAGAAGAGUGACCUAGCUACAUUAUUAGGAAACAUCAAGACCAAGCUCGGCACGUACCGACUAAGAGCGUAUGAGCCCCCACCAGAGUUGUCGCUAGAGACCAUGGAUAAGGAAUGGUCUAGGUUAACAGAGGCUGAGAUGAUGCGCGCCCAGCUGAUCAACGAGACUAUUCGAGAUAUCAAGAACGCGCUGCGUAAAUCGUUCGCCGACAAGGCUAAUGACUUUGCGCUUGCUCUUAAUACAAUGCAAAUCGCUAUCUCGGGUCUCGAAGGUGAUGUAGAAGACCAACUUCUACACGUGCGAAAGCUAAGUGAUAACCUGCCGCCUCUGGACGCGUACCUGGAAAAGAUUGAGGCUGUCGAUGCAAAGUGUCAGGAAGCCAACAUCGAAGAAAACGAUUUCACAACUUACACGUAUGACGAGCUGCUAUACGAACUAGGACUUGUCAAAUCGUCCGUGCAGAAAAAACUCGCCUUCUUGGAGAACCAGAUGGUGGCGCGUAACAUGACGAACCUAACACCAAUCCAGCUGGAAGAGUUCGAAUCCGUGUUCCGACAUUUCGACCGGGACGACACAAACUCGCUGUCAGAACUGGAAUUCUCGGCAGCGCUGGCAUCGCUCGGUCUAGUGUUUAGCGAAGAGGAGAUGCACGACUACUUCGUGGAGACGUCGCGGGGCCAGGACCGGGUAACGUUCGAGCAGUUCAUCCGGUUUAUGGUGGACGUGACGGAAGACCAGAACACAGCUGAACAAGUGUUCCAGAGUUUCCGUGAGGUCGCUGACGGCAAGCCCUACGUUACUGAGAUGGACUUGCGUCACUCCCUCGUCCCUGACGACGUCAUCGAGAAGCUCUGCGAGAUCGUCCCGCCUCACAACGGUCCCGACAUGGCUCAGGAUCGCGGCGUACCUCAGUACGACUACAUCAGCUUCAUGGAGAAGCUGAUAAGCCCCUCGCGCCGCGAUAGUACUAGCGGUGCGGCGGAGGGAGGCGGGCCGCUUCAGGAUAUUACGAAUGGGAGAGCGAGCCCAACCAAAAAGACUAACGGAUACCACUGA